AUGCGACGGCACCGUCAGAGAGCAGCACAGAGACAUGCAAAUGAGCUCCGUCGUCUCGAAACCAACGGUAGCAUGAGACAGGUCACCGUGCAAAGAUGGCUAGACGAGCAAUCAACAUCUGAUAACCUGGAGCGAUUCGCAGGUGAAUCAUGCCCCAUCUGUCUCACGUCCCUUCUCGUGCCGUCGGCCUUAUCGCCAUCCGAUUCCACUGUCCAUCCUCAUCUGAAUCAAAAUCAGAAUCAGCCGCCAUCACCACCUGAGGCAGCACAUAUCUCACAUCACCAUCCCAAUCCAUUAUGCAGGCCUCAAACAAACAAUGACGACUACGACGGCUGCACUCGACCCCUUAGAGCUCCUACACCUCACGACUACCAGGGUGGAAGAUCAAACACCCAGUGUUCGUUCAGCGGCGUGCUGAUCCUCAACCGAUGCAACCACGCCUUCCACACAGCCUGUCUUGCAUCAUGGCUCCAGUACCGCCAGUACAGAUGCCCAAUAUGCGCGGACGUGCUCUUUCCCGGGUGA